GCUGCAGCUAAGAGAGAAUCUUACGGAAUUCGCUUAUUUACUUCACAUUCUAAAGUAAGUAUGGUAAUUACAUUUGCUAAGUGUAUUUUAAAAUGAUAUGUAAUGGACAAAUUUGUUAAGAUUUUUGAGGAUGUUUUGAUUUAACAAUCGGUCCCUCCCCUCUAAUAGCAUUCAAGGUAAUCAUAAAACGGGGAAACUCAAUCAUUAAAAUCAAUUAGAAAUUAAAGAGGUCGUUUAGGAUUAGGACUAAUCCUGUGCGCCAGGAUAAGUUAGAAAGAAUAUGGUAUAUGAAUUCACUUAAUAAUUUAAUUUAACUGGCUACUUACACCUAUGCCCGGUCCUAAACGACCUCUUUAAUUUCUAAUUGAUUUUAUAUCUUAAAGGAUCUAUGUUAAAAACCGUAGUCAAUCAUUAAAAUUACUUGCAUAUUUGAUCUAUGUAUUUCGAUAUUGUCGGACGAGAGACAAUCUUAUAUUUCGUUAGACAAAAAUUCGUUGAGUAGUGAUGAGAGCAUUAUUUGUAUGUCUAGGAACUUGAUAUAGGUCCCAAUUCUUUGAUUGGAAAGAAUACUUCAAGGAAUGAAGAUGAGCCAAAUGAAAUUUUUGUCUCGGCAAACGACAUUUCAGUAUCCAGAGAACCUACUUCUAAUACAAUGAAGAAGUUGCCAGCUUCUAAUCAAGAAAAACUAUUCGCUUCUGCUACUACGUCAUACCAUGGACUUGAUAAAUAUUUAUUGAAAGAUGAUGUUAAUCGAGCCGAGAUUAUUUGGUGUCUUUUUACUGUAAGGAAUCAUUUGUCUAUCUCUUCUGCUGGCAAGGCAGUGCAGAUUUUUUCCAAAAUGUUUCCGGACAGCAAAAUUGUAUCAGCCAUGGAGCUUGGUCGUACUAAGAUAUCAUAUAUGAUUGUUUAUGGUUUAGCAAUAUAUUUUCAUGAGAAGCUAAAGCAAAGAAUCAAUCACUGUGAUUGUUUUGUAGUUUAUUUUGAUGAGAGCUUAAAUAAAUAUUCUCAGAAGCAGCAAAUGGAUAUAGCAAUUCGCUUUUGGUGUACAAAUAAAAAUGAGGUAGCUACUCAUUAUUAUAGUUCUGCAUUUUUAGGACAUGCUACACCUCACGAUUUAAUUCAAGCUUUCAAAGCAGAACUAAAAGAUUUAAAUUUGAAAAAAUUACUUCAAAUUUCAAUGGAUGGUCCAAAUGUUAAUAUCAAAUUCUUUAAAGAUCUACAGAUAGAUUUAUUUCAAUCUCAUGAUGAAGAUGAUCCUGUUGUGUUAUUUAUGGGAACUUGUGGUUUGCAUGUUAUUAACAAUGCUUUCAAAACUUCUUUUUAUGCUGUAAAAUGGAAUGUAGUAACAUUUCUAAGAGCACUUUAUAAUUUGUUUAAAGAUAGUCCUGCUCGGAAAAGUGAUUUCUUAUAUUAUUCAGGUAGUUCAUUGAUGCCUUUAAAAUUUUGUCCAGUAAGAUGGUUAAAUAAUUCAAAAGUUACAGAAAGAGCACUAGAAAUGCUGCCAUAUUUAAGGAAAUACAAGGAAAGUUUGGAAAGAGACAAAAAAGAAAUCCUUUCUUACAGUUACAAAGUUGUUGUAGAAGGAUUGAAUGAUAAAUGCAUGCCAGUUAGGUUGGCUUUUUUCUGUUAUGUGUCAAAACUAAUUGAACCAUUUUUGGAGAAAUAUCAAAAUGAUGCACCAUUAGCUCCGUAUUUGUAUACUGAUCUUACUUGUUUGCUUGUUGACUUAAUGAAUAUCUUUGUAAAAAAGGAAGUCUUAGAAAAAGAAACAAGUAUAGAUCGAAUA